AUGCUGGAGUUCUGCAGGCAGCACAACGCGCUGCCAGGCACCAUCACGUACGGGCAGCUGGACGUGGUUCAGCCCGACCUGGAGAACUCCGCCGUGUGGCAGUACGCGCCCUUCGGCAAGGUGUUCUGUUUGCUGCUGCUGCAUUGGGUGCCCGACAACAGGCGCGCUGUCCAGAACAUUCACAAGCUGUUGGUGCCUGGAGGAGAGGCUGUCUUCAGCAUAAUCGCUAACAUGGUGUUUUACACAGUGUUUGAAGAAAUGGCGAAAGACUCGCGUUGGGCUCGGUACAUGCAGGACGUGGAGCAGUUCGUAUCUCCGUACCAGCACAGUGAGGACCCAGUGAGCGACUUCCGCCAGCUGCUGCAGAGUGAGGGCUAUCAGGUGCUGCGCUGUGACGUAACGCCGGAGGUGGUCUUCUUCCCGAGUGAGAUGCAGCGUAGAGAUUUUAUGAAGUCAGUAUGUCCAUUCCUGAACCGAGUUCCGGAAGACCAGAAGGAUAAUUUCUUUGAUGAUUUGAUACAGCGUAUGAAGAAACUGAAUGGAUUAUCAAAGGACGUUGGAAGCAGUGAAGAGCCGAAAUACUACUUCCACUUUAACAUAAUGGUGGCUAUGGCCAAAAAACUGUAAUUGGGAGUUUUGCACCACCGCUUGAACAAUAUUUAAAAACGGAAAUGACAAAAAACACAGAGCACAGACACAUUUAUAUGUAAUUAUCUUCCCGUAAUCUAUCUGUUUGGAAAAGCCUGCCAGGUUUAAAUGGCACUAUAAGAGUAUCCUGAUCUGUACAGUUUUGACGAUACUCUUGUCAAAGAUAUCCCAACUGUGCUAGUGUUCCGUUUUUAAUUACCAGGAUGUCAACAUGAUGCUCACCUGCCCCCUUAAUUUCUUGGUUUCUCUCUCACUUGAACAUCAGGGACAUAGAUGAUUCGUUUCGCACCUCUGUCGAAAUGAAGAUCUACUAAAGCUUUGCUGCUAUAGUAUAAACACCAACAGAAGUGAAGGCAGAAAGCUUACCAAUCGAACGGAGUGAAGUAACCGAACAGA